UUUGUUUUGGGGACAUUGAAAGUGAAGAAAAAAACUUAGAUGGGAAUCCUAAAUUAAGCGAGGACAAUGCCAUAAUCUUAUCAACGAGUAUACCAUUAGGAAUUGUGGUGAUAUUAUUGGUAAUCAUGGUAAUUAUAUGUAUAGUCUUGAAGAGGAGGCGACAGACCCCGAAUGGUGCCUCUAGAUUUCCCAGAACUGAAGAUGAUGAUUGCGAAUUAGGAAAGCUGAUUGAAAACCCGGAGUACGUAAGAAAUGGUAUUCACCAGCUGAAAUCAAGGAAUAUACUUUACGUCAUUGGACAGCUUGGAAACUCUGUCUCCACUUCAGGGAAAAAAAUUACUGAAGAAUACGCAAAAAAUCAUAUCAUGAGUUACGAAUACCAUAAUUACUUAGACAUUUCUAGGAGAUUUUCUAAUCUUUGUUCUGAAAAAGUUUUUAAGCUCAACUGUGUGAAUUUCAUUGAUGGAUGGGGUGGGCUUUGGAAUGAAAAUCCAUGUGAAAGACAUGAUACAUUGAACACGAUUAAAAAGGUUGUUGAACAAAGCCAAACAAUUGAAAAUAAGAAGUUCGUAAUUGGGAUUCGUACAGAGAUAAAGGACAAUUUGAAUUGUAAAUUAAAAGCGCUUGUAAUUCACAUGAAAGAAAAUGAAAGCUUGUUGCUUGAUUCUAUCUCUACUUACAAGAGACAAACCCUAAUGGAAGAGAUAAAAUUGCUUCAGAAUUCGUGUUCAGAAAGGGAUUGCGGUUGUAAAUCUUUAAACUUGGAACAAGUGUCUGGAAUUCAUCAAGAACCUAUCGGAACAUAUCUGGUCGUUAAGCUAAUGGGUUUAGAUCACACAAUGAUACCAGAAUUUUUAUUGAGAGAAGUCGGUCCACUGAAAGCAAUGAGCAACCACUUUGAGAGGCUGAUGGAACGUGAAAAUAUUUGGUCUUGGCUCCCAUAUUUUGUUUGUUUGGGUUAUUAUGACGAAGAAGAAUUUAGACCUGAAAUUGCAGAUGGAUUUUACAUCUCAAAUGCCAUGCUUUCGAGUUAUGAGAGUAUUGAAAAAUACGUGAAGAGAAUACAGAUACAAAACCUCGUUCCGAUGUGGUCAACAACAUUUUGCUGUGAUCCUGAUGUAGAGAACAAAGAGAAGAACGAAAGAGAAGUUUGCGUUUUUCGGCAUAACUUUCUUUAUAUAUGUGCCUUUCACGCAUGCUUCAAAAAGUACCCAAAACAGAUUUUGCUCUUUUGUAAUUUGGAUGCAAUCCUUCAGUUAGUUCGCCCUAAGGGCUAUCUUGACCAACUCACCAUUGAAGCAGACGAUAUAGAGGUAAAUUUCUUUUGCGAAGAAAGAUUAAAAAAUCUUGCAAAGGACAAUGUUUUGUUAGAACAUCCCCUAAUUAAAGACUGGAAAAUUGGAAAAAAGAAGAAAAUCAAAGCAUUAGGACAAUAUUCAAAAAUGGUUAGGUGAACUUUUGCAUAAUAUCAAAGAGCUCAUGUUGUACAUAUAUAUUUUGUAGUCAUUUUUGUGGUGUGUAAAUGAACUCAAUUUUAAAAUU